CAGGUUUCGUGUUUUGUCGACUUGGACAAUCGAAAAACACUAUCAAAUCUUAAACAAGAAAACAUCGCAACACUACACGACUUCGAUGACAUCAAAAGUGACUUGGCUAUUAAAAUUGAAAGGUGUCGAAAUUAUAUGACAGAGGAAAUUAAGACAAAUAUCCUGCCUCAAAAACAAGAGAAAAGUGAUUAUGAUGACAUGGAAAAAGAAGAAAAGUUGGACAAAAGUGUGCUUAUCGAUUUUACAGAUUUGAAUGAUUUAAGUGAUUUGGAUGAUCUAAAUAAUUCCACAAAAAGUGAAAAAAUUGAAAAAGAGGAAAGUGAAAUGAGUGAAUCACAAAGCGAAAGUGAAACCGACAAAGUCAAACAAUUACAGAAUGAGGAAAAUACAAAACGGGGAUUUAUAAAUAGUAAAGAUGGCCUAUCAACCCCUUUGCAACAAAACAACAUUAUAAAUGUGAAGAAAGAACGUGAAAAAUUUGAAAAAGAAAAACAAGACUUUUUAUUCGAAGAAGAGGAACUUGAAAAUGUAUUUGAAAACGAUAAUAAAUCUAAUAAUACUGAAGAAGACUUUUGUGAAUUGAAUUUGAAUGUAAUAGAAGACAUAAAUAACAACGAAAACGAAACUGAAUGUAUUAUGGAUCAACCCAUGGAGUUUGAAAAAGUCGAUUUGUUACUUAACAACACCACUAAUGAUGAUAAUAUUAACAUCCAAAAUAAAAGUGAAAGUGUUGAUUUUAAUAUGGAGUUGGUGGAAUCAGUGAUUAACAAAACUAUAACUCCACAAAAAGAAAUUAGUUCUAUUGAAAUCGAUUCAACAAAAAACAAACAAAGUCAAAUGGAAAUAAAGGAAAAAACAAAUAUAAUAAAAGAAAUAAAAGAUGUACCACUGCAGAUUUUUAAUCCAUUUCCAACACAAGAAGAACUAUUAAAAACGCGUUCUCAAUCAAUACCAAAUGCAAAUGUGUUAACUGAUAUUACUGCUUUAAAAAGUAAAGAGAUGAUUACAUCCAAAAAGAAAAAAGAAAGUGAGACUUCCCAAAAACUAAAACCAUCUCAAAACGUUUCUAUGUCUUCAACUCAAAGAAAUUCAAUACAAAAUGUCAAAAAAGUGGCAAAAAAAGUGUUAACCCCCAAAUUGACGACAUCUAAAGUUCAUAACACUCACCCAACGGUUUCUUUCAAUUAUAAUAAUCAUCACUCAUAUUUAAAAGAUUCGGAAAAACACAAAGAGAUUAAUAAGAAACCAAUAACACCCGAACUGUAUUCCCCACAACAUUUUCAAACUCUUCAAAACACUAAUAUUGUUAUACCUCAAACUUUAUUCAAACCAAUUGACCAACCCCAAUAUGGAAUAUAUCAAACAAAUGUUUUCUCGCAACAAGUAUACUUCCCACUUCCUCAACAACCCCCUGAACCCGUUUUAAUACCACAUAACUACCAGACGUUGUUUGACAAUGCGACGCUCCCACAACAGAACACAACUAACGUCCACCCCAACUACUUUCAGAGACAUUAUAAUGAGUGUAUACAACCUCAAAUGACUCAGUGUGUGAAUGGUAUGAAUGAUUUUAAUAAUUUCAAUAAUUAUAAUAAUUAUACUAAUUCAACCAUUCAAUGCGGUCAAAGCAAUUUAACACCGAUCACAACAAGUGAUUACAACGUCCAAGGAGUAAAACAGUUGGGAGGAAAUGGAACGUUAAAUCAACAAAGUACUUUAUUAAGUAAUCCUCCUCUUUAUUUAAAUGGAAAUAUCAACACAACAAUCCCUCGAUUUCAUACACAUUUCCCAUACGUUAAUUCACUUGGAAAAACUGAAUGUCCUAUUUUAAACACUCCAAGUAACUCAUCGGGCGUGGAACAGCAGCAAAUCACUUUAAACGAAAGUCCAAAAUCGUGUGCGCGACACAACGAGUUUCGUCAAACAGUGGGAAUGGCGACAAAUUCAUUAAAUGUGAAUUCGCCUCAAAUAAAACAAUUUCGAACUCCUCAAAUUGUUAUUCAAAAUGUUAUUAAAAAAGAAACUCAAAAUGGGACUCAGACAUUGACUUCUGUGACAGCAAAGUCUUCAACCAAAUUCAGAAGUGUUGAAUCAAACACUUCUGAAUUGACAAAUAUGAAAGUGAUGAAUUUGUUGAAAAUGUCUUCUAUUACAGAAUCGUAUCUCUUUGGGUGCACGGACUUAACGAGUGUAUGUAUUCCACUGAACAUCACUGAAAUGCGAAGUUGGUGUUUUGCGUGUUGCGGAUCUCUUAAAAGGGUUGUUAUAAUGGCACAACUGUCUUCCCUUCCUCCAAAAGCUUUCUUUCAAUGCUCAGACCUGUCUGCAAUUAACAUCCCAAAUACAGUCACUGCAAUCGGAAAUUAUUGUUUUUCAAAAUGUCAUUCGAUACGACAGAUGACACUCCCAUACAACAUCAAAGUCAUUGGAGGAAGUUGUUUUAUGGACUGCAGUCAAUUGACUUCAAUGAGUAUUCCGUCCACUGUCUCUUCACUGAACAGUUCAACGUUCGAGGGGUGCGAACAACUCCAGAAAAUCGAGUUAAGUGAGAACGUCAAGGAAGUUGGCAAUGAGUGCUUUAAAGACUGUAAAAGUCUGAAAGAAGUUGAUCUGAGCAAUGUCACAACUCUAACAAAAAAGUGCUUUGAAAAUUGUUAUUCGCUUGAGACGGCGAAUGUCGGGAGAUGCGAGCGUUUCGAAGAAAAUGCAUUCAGAAAUUGCGUUGUAUUGAAAUUGAGUAUCAACGAAAUGAACGUCAAAGUUGCCAGAAAUUGCUUUGAAAAUUGUCCCAACGUGGAGUUUGUGAAUAUCGAGGAAUAUAACGAUUUUAAUGUCGAAGUACUCUGA